CCUAUGUGAAUGGAAACAAGAUUGCCGCAGAUACUUUCAUUUAAUUUUAGUAGUGUUCUCAUAAAGCAAAACCCUGAAGCUUAGUCAUAAACUGCAGGAAAGAUUUCAGUUUUUGAGCUGCAUUUAGAGUUCAGAAAAUAGAAAAGAUGUUGAUUUUUUCGUACAUUGGUUUAAUUCUUGUAUGGCUUACUCUAUCAUCUAGCGGAGGAACAGGUUUGAGAAGACCGAAGAUUAAACCUUUCCAUUUCACGAAUGAUGUUCGGCCUGGAGCCAGAACAGCUGUCAUGUGUACUAUUGUCGAAGGAGAUCCUCCAUUCACUUUCGAAUGGAUAAAAGAUGAGACAAAAAUCAGCGAAAAUGUAGGAUUAGCAAUAAAAAUCGUCGACGAAUACACUUCAACUUUAGCCAUUACUAAGCUGGAUCAGAACAGUAACGGAAACUACACUUGUAAAGUGACUAAUGCAGCUGGAAAGGAUGAACAGACUGAUGUACUUCUAAUGAAAGGAAUUUUGAGACCAGAGAUAAAGCCAUUCCAUUUCUCUGGUGGCUUGAAACCAGGCAAGAGGGUCUCUGUUACCUGCUCGGUGAUAGAUGGAGAUCCGCCUUUCACUUUCCGGUGGCUAAAAGAUGGCACGCCACUCUCAGAAAGCGACAGGUUAGCACUCCGGAGAUUAGACGAGUUCAAUUCAAACCUGGCAUUUACUAAACUCAGUCCUGAAGACAAUGGAAAUUACACUUGUCAUGUGACUAACGGUGCUGGAGAAGCUCAACAAUCUGAUUUAUUAACUAUGAAAGGAAAAAAUGUUAAACACCCCUUCACCCAUGAUGCUGCAAAUGUUUAG